UAGUUUGCUAUUAACUUCCCCACCCCUUUCCGGGCGCCGCUGCUGCCGGCGACUCCUCUGCAGCCGGAGAGGGAAGAGGGGCUGGUUCGGUCGCAGGGGGGGGGAAGAAAAGAGACGCUCGCGUAGGGUGUGUGUGUGUGUGCAUUUUUAUUUUAUUUUAUUUUUUGCAUGGCCUGCACGCCAGGCCCGGCCCGCUUCUCCUCCGCCCCGCUGCCCGUCCAGGUCGACCCGUGCGUGAGAGCGGCUCUCCGUCGCGGCCGGCGGCUUCCUGCUCCCCUCGAAGACUUAAGCCGGAAGAGGCGAAGAGGAAACUUUCGCAGGACCCAACAGAGAGGCAAGCGCGGCGAUGGCGCACUUCCCACGGCGAGUGUGGCUCCUCUCCGCAGCCCUGGCGGUGGCCCUCCGCGCCGCCUUGGCCGGGGUACCCAUCAUCCACCUGAGUGCCCAAGAUGGUCCUUUCCUCGAGGGCAGCAACGUCACUCUGGAGUGCCUGACGGACGAAGAAGGCGAGGAUCUAAGUGGAUUCUUUUUCCAGAAAUACAGCAAGUGGCUGCACAGGUGGAUCUCCCUGGACUCCGACAGCCACAUGCGCUGCUGGUUCUACGACGUCACGGUGAGCCACCAAGACGGGCGCCUCCUCCUGAGCAUCAGCAACCUGCAGUCUUGGCACACCGGGCCCUACCGCUGCGCCAGCUCCAACGCCACCGGCAACGCGUCUGUCUCCGAAGCUCAGGACCUGCGAGUGGAAUAUCUCCACAACGUCUUCCUGACUCGUUCAAAUACCUGGUGUGGGACUAUCGGGGAGACCGUCACGGUGGUGGAAGGUGCCAACCUGGAACUUCUCUGUUAUGCAGACGCCUCAAAAGACCCAAUCUACGAGUGGAGCUGGGAGGGGAACGACGGGGUUGUGGCGUCAAACGCCUUGACUCUCCCCAAGGUGACGCAGGAGCAAGAGGGAACCUACACUUGCCAGGCCCAGCAUCCCAGCUUGCCUCAGCUGACCAAAACCAAGUCAGUGCAGGUGUUUGUGGAGAGCAGCGAGCGUAGCUUUACCCUUGAGUCUGUGCUGCCGCAAAGCGCCCCAAUGCUGGCCCUGACGGUGGCCGUUCCAGCGGUGCUGUUACUCCUGGUGGUCAUGGUGUUUAGCGUCCUGAUCCACCGCCAUCGGGCAGUUGCCAAGAAGAAAGCACUCCUGGAAGACUCCGGCCAGCGGACUCCCAUCUACAAAGGCAGCCUGGAAUCUGUGCCUUCGAUCGUGGUGGGGGACACGCACCCUCUGGUGAUGUAAUCGGGGGUCUGCCGGGUGAAAAGAAGAUUUUGUUCUGUUUUUUUCUCUGUGUGUCACUUUUAAGAUCUGGGUUCUUCUGAGAUUCUGGAAUGGCGGUAUCAUCAAUACACAAGUGUGGCUCCUUUUCACGUCUGCAUGCGUUUGGGCUAGAAGAGGAAAGAGCAGAGCGCUCAGGGUCAAAGGAG